AAUUUCUAUUGUUAAGAUUUAUUAUAAAAUAGCCAGUUUAGCAGCUAGCGCUAGUAGUGAGUUGAGGAUUUCUCUAAAAAAUUAAAACAAUUUUAAAUGUGGAAAAUAUUCAAAUUAUUAUUACUUCAGUUUGCUUGGCAGUGCCUUCAGGCAGCAGACUAUGCCAUAAUUGGUGACGAUCAGACCUUCUUUCAAGCCUGCGAUGCUCAUGAUGAUGGUGGUACAACAAAUUUAAAGGAGCUGGUCGAGUUUAAUAUGAUCAAUGAGUAUGCGGAUGACAUGGAGACGAUUAUAACCAAUGGCAAUGUAACCAUCUUAGUUGAUAUUGAUCCUCAGGUUCCUAUAUCCCUAGAAGUCGAGAUAUAUAAAUGGGAGCGUGGUACUUGGGUAGAUUCAAUUUUUUCAAUUAGACGUUCAAAUUUUUGUGCCACCGCCUUUAGUCCCAAAGAAUUCUGGUAUCCUUUUAUCAAGCAAUUUCCUGAAGAGAAUCGUGUCUGUCCCCCAAAAAAAGGACAUGUUUAUCAAUUCAAAGAUAUCAAAAAUCGCAUGGAUUUUUUCAACGUUUCUAUGAGCCAUGACUAUUCGGGCAAAUAUAAGGCUAUAAUUUAUUUUAUAGUCGACCAAUAUUCCUUGUGCCUUUCGUCGGUUGUCGAUGUAUGGAGCUCUUGAACAACAUGUGAAUGAUGAGGAAUA